GUUUCUCGUAUAUAUACCUUCCGGUUGAUCUCGAAGGUCUCACAAUCCUUUCCACGAGAAGAAAAACCAAUACUAAGAAGAAAAACUCAUCCAAGAAAAUGAUGAAGUUUUCUUCUCUUGUUGUGUUUUUCUUUAUUUUCCCAAUCGCAUUUGCUCAACUCCGAGUCGGGUUUUACAGCCAGUCAUGCCCUCAAGCCGAGACUAUCGUACGGAAUUUGGUGCGCCAGCGGUUUGGUGCUGACCCAACCGUCACUGCCGCUUUGCUCCGUAUGCAUUUCCACGAUUGUUUCGUUAGGGGAUGCGAUGCUUCGCUCCUUAUAGACUCAACCAACUCUGAGAAAGCUGCCGGUCCAAACGGAAGCGUCAGAGAAUUUGACCUGAUCGACCGCAUCAAGGCUGCGCUAGAGGCCGCGUGUCCCUCCACGGUCUCAUGUGCCGACAUCGUAACAUUAGCCACACGUGACUCGGUGGCAUUAGCCGGAGGCCCAAGCUACAGCAUCCCCACGGGAAGGCGUGAUGGUUUGGUCUCGAACAGUGCUGACGUGGCCCUACCUGGUCCAACCAUCUCUGUCUCUGGAGCCGUCAGUUUCUUCACAGUCAAAGGGAUGAACGUGUUCGAUGCCGUGGCUCUUAUGGGUGCACACACCGUUGGUCAAGCAAACUGUGGUCUGUUCAAUGAUCGCAUCACUAACUUCCAAGGAACCGGACGACCUGACCCGUCCAUGGACCCCGCUUUGGUUUCCAGCCUAAGGAACACAUGUGCAAGCAGAGGUUCUGCGGGACUAGAGCAAUCGACUCCAUUGAGGUUCGACAACCAAUUCUUCAAGCAGAUCCGUAAAAGGAGAGGAGUGUUGCAAGUUGACCAAAGGCUCUCGUCAGACCGACAGACUCGUGGUGUUGUGGCUCGAUAUGCAAACAACAAUGCCUUCUUCAAGCGUCAGUUCGCUAGAGCAAUGGUGAAGAUGGGAGCCGUUGAUGUGCUUACCGGUCGUGCCGGUGAGAUCAGGAGAAAUUGCAGGAGGUUCAACUGAUGAGCUUGAUGAAUCACUACUAAAGUGUGAUGAUAACAAAAUUUGGAAAACCUAUGGUUUCUAAGUCGUAUUUCUGUUUCUGUUUCAUUUUUUUUGGACUUUUGUUUCUUAAAUAAGUUUUUUCUUGAAUCGGACAUAAAGUUUCGAUUCUUGAAAAAAUUAACUAUAUCUUGUUCUACAUGUUGAGGAUGCAUCUUUUAACGAUUAUUUUAAUUUGUGGUAUUGACAAUAUUGAUCAAGUA